AUGAAGCUCUCGGGGAUCGAUGUCGGCCUCCUAUCAGCCGCUGUCUUCACGGUUCAAGCGUCUGCCGCAUCGUGCUGGCGUAGCACGGCAUGCAGUGGGCCUGAUACGGCUGCUUUUCCAGGGCCAUGGGAGUCCAAUAUUUACGCGCCGGCUUCCCGGACCUUGCGUCCAAAGUCAGUCUUCACCACUCAAAACAGGACUGCCACGACUUAUACCACUCCUGUAACUCUUCUAGGAAAUGGUUCAAAUGCAGUCCUCGACUUUGGAAUCGAAGUCGGUGGCAUUGUUUCCUUAUCCUAUACCGCAUCCGGAUCUGGUAGUCUUGGUCUCGCUUUCACGGAGGCUAGCACAUGGAUAGGAGAGUGGUCCGAUCACUCCAACGGAAAAUUUCCCGGAAUCGAUGGAGCGUUGUAUGCGAACAUCUCCGCAGCAGGCAAGGGGACAUACACCAUGCCUGACAAAUCCUUGCGAGGAGGCUUUCGAUACAUGACCCUUUUCCUCGUUACCGGUGCCAAUAGCAGCAUAGAGAUCACGGAAAUCGGGCUCGAGAUUGGCUUCCAGCCCACGUGGUCUAACCUGCAGGCCUAUCAAGGAUAUUUUCACUGCAACGACGAACUCCUCAAUCGAAUCUGGUACCAGGGCGCCUAUACCCUUCAAACUAAUGCAGUACCAGUAAAUACUGGACGUUGGGUGCCCAUGCUCACGAAUGGCUGGGCGAACAACGGCACCUUUGGGCCGGGAGAUACGAUUAUUGUCGAUGGCGCAAAGAGGGAUCGCGCAGUGUGGCCUGGCGAUAUGGGCGUUGCCGUCCCGUCCGCCUUUGUCAGUAUUGGAGAUUUGGAUAGCGUUAAAAACGCGCUGCAAGUGAUGUAUAAUUACCAGAACAGCGACGGAAGCUUUCCCGAGGCCGGGCCUCCGCUCCUCCAACAAAACAGCGACACAUAUCAUUUAUGGACGAUGAUCGGAACAUACAACUACAUGCUCUAUACCAACGACGCGUCAUUUGUACAGCAAAAUUGGGCUAAAUACCAGAAAGCAAUGGAGUACAUUUACGGCAAAGUCAAAUAUUCGAGUGGCCUGCUUAACCAAACUGGCACUCGCGACUGGGCGCGAUGGCAGACGGGCUACAACAACACGGAAGCCAACAUCAUCCUCUACCGCGCCCUUGUAACUGGUGCUUCACUGGCUACUUGGCUCAGUGAUACGACCGGUCUGAGUGGGAAGUGGAUGCAACGCGCUGAGGCACUCCAGAAGGCUAUCAACACUUACUGCUUUGACGAGGGUUACGGCGCUUUCAAAGACAAUGCCACGGCUACUGCUCUGCAUCCACAAGACGCGAACAGCAUGGCGAUCCUCUUUGGUGUCGUUAAUGCUACAUCAGCUGUCGCUUCAUCCAUCUCCUCCCGCUUGACAGAUAAUUGGUCGCCCAUUGGAGCUGUAUCACCGGAGCUGCCGGAAAACAUUUCACCAUUUAUCUCAAGCUUCGAGAUACAAGCGCACCUGACGAUAGGGGAGACCGAACGCGCUCUCGACCUCAUUCGCAGAAGUUGGGGAUGGUAUGCGAACCACCCUAAUGGCACGGGGUCCACGGUCAUUGAAGGAUACCUUGUAAACGGUACGUUCGGCUACCGCUCAAGCCGCGGAUACGGAUACGAUCCAUCCUACGUCUCCCACGCUCAUGGAUGGAGCUCUGGGCCAACAAGCGCCCUCACUGAAUAUAUCGUCGGUCUUUCGGUCACUGGUCCUGGGGGUCGUACUUGGAGCCUGAUGCCUCAGUUCGGAGACUUAAAGUUUGCUGAAGCUGGGUUUAUGACGGAGAUUGGGAAGUUCGCGGCCAAGUGGGAGAAGAGCAGCACUGGCUACACGGUGACAUUAGAGACGCCGAAUGGUACGAAGGGAAACGCCAGUCUGCCAGUACUGGAGAAGGGAAAGAAGCCGAUGCUGAAGAUUAACGGCGAGAAAUUGAAAACGGAGGAUGUCCGCUUAGAGGAAGGUCGUAUGGCUAUGAGCAUGGAUGGAGGUAAGUACCAGAUCGAGGUCAGUAAGUAAAUAUAUUUGGCCUGUGCUAUGCUGUACCGCAUCCCGUUCUCUUCCCC